AUGAGCACCGCAUUCAAUGAUUACUGCACAGUCUGUGAUCGUCUCAUUCCAACAUCUCCACAGAAAACAAACAAUAUUACUAGGAAGAUCACAAAGGACAAUGAAACUAAGAAUAGCUCGCAGUCAAAUAAGUUAUACUGUUCUGAGGACUGUAAGCUGAAGGAUUCAAACCCUCCUAAUGAGAAACUAUUAUCUCAUUUGCAUAUAAAGACAAAAAUCUCUCAUUCGCAUGAUCUCGCUCCUCCGCUUUCAUAUUCUAAAAACUUAACUGCAUCAAACCUUUUCGAGCCGGCGACUUCGUUAUCCUCAUCUCCAACGUCAUCAUCUAUCCCCUUCGAUGAAUUGGAGAAGCUAGAUUCUUUACUUAUUUCGCCAUUGCUGCUACCUCAAGAUGGUAUUGCCAAUGCCAAACAGAAGCCUGAUCCUACGCAUGGUGAUGAUUAUGACGACAAUGAACAUUAUUUGAAAUUAACCGACUCUCUUAGACUCGAUUCCGGUUAUCAACUGCAUUCAAGGGCACAUUUGGGUUACGAAAAUAAUUUGCCGCGAUCAAGUGACAUUAUUAACGAUCAUUUGAUCUCAGAUCAAAUCAUUGAAAAUAACUACAAUUUGUGGUUUAGACUAUCCUCUAGUUAA